UCCCUCCUAUAACCGGAGUCGAGUCUAUAGCCACCCCCUUCUGUCAAACACCCACUAAAACUGCUGGGGAACACUUUUCGCUGUUCAUUUCUAGGGUCUAUUUGAUUAAAACGUGGUGUAAAGUAGUUCGUUUUGUUUCCAUCAUGCACUCGGACACAGUGGAGAAAUCCGCCUCACCGAGGAAACGAAUCGUCUCGCGCGCGAUGAGCGAAGAAGAGUCUCUUCGACACAUAAUAGAGGCUGAAGAGUCACCCAAGCGCUUAACUCGCAGAGACAGCAGAUAUGGAUCGCUCAGGAGGGGAGACACAAGAGGAAGUCAGAGUGAAGAUGAGCCCGCAGAGACCACGUCCAUGGUGGAGCUACAGCAGAACUACGAGAUGUGUUUAGCAGAGCUCCAGAGCGUCGAGCUGCAGCAGGGGGUGUUGCUUUUCCAGGUAGAUUGUCUCCAGGAUGCCCUGGAAGGAGCUGAGGAGGCGCUCUCCGAGACCAAGAGGGAGGCUCAUCAAAUCAGCAUGGAGCUGGAGCAAGAGAGGGAGAAGAGAAGGAAGUUGGAGGACACUGUUGCAUUGCUGAUGCAGAAGUUGGAGCAGUUAAAGGAGGAGAAAAUUUCAGUUUCAGCUGAAAGUAUAACACAAGACCAGAAAGAAGCCGAUAAUCCUGCCGUCGAAGUGGAUGGACCCGUAUCUGAAGAGGCACCGAAACCAGUAGACACGGCUUCACAACCGACAGGCCCUACAAACGCUUUCGCCAAUCUUGCUUCUACAGCAUAUCUGCUUUUCAAGAACAGAAAAAUAGCCACGGGUCUAAUCAAACCCGAUGCCGCCGAAGGAACUCCGGUGGACGGAGAAGAGGUCAAAGAAGCACGUGUGGUUGGUUCUGAGCAGGCUACGCCGGAGGCAAGCAGCCAAAACGCUCAGGAUGGCGAAGAUUAUGACGAGAGCAGUGGCUAUGAAGAUGCACCAUCAGAUUUCUCACCUGGAUCUUCAACUCCUGAUGCGCCAUUAGAUGCAGUUUUGCAAGAAGAUGGGGAGCGUGAACUGAAGACUAGCAAUGAGGCCAGAAAUGUAAGAGAUCCAGACGCCUGCGUUCUGUCUUAAAGAGCAGAAACGCGGAGUCCGUCCAAGACUGAUUUUAGUAUGAAUUCCUGCCAAGUUUUCCAUGAUUUCUGAAAUCUUUUAGUGAAACUGUAUUCGUUAAUAUUCCUAUUCACUCUGUAUGUGCCUAUCGUUUUUACUGGCACAUGUUGCUGUAUAAGGCUGGCUGUUUCUAUUUUUAAAUAUUUUUUUUUAAAUCACAACCCGACAUAUCACUGGGAAGUAUAUAUCAGAGCUUUUUGGGCUGGAUACCAGAAAUAAAAAGAUGACUAGAACCUCAUUCUCAAGAAUUUGGAUGAGGAGUGACCCCGGACCCCCUCAAACCUAACCUUCAUGAUCAAUGAAUUAUCAUUGAUCACUGUCAAGUAGAUGUGCAAAUAUGAAAUAUCCAGAUCACAAUAAUUACUUCUGCCGUGGUCAUGGUUUUCAAUAUCACCACCAUCUUGUAUGCGAGCAGCAUUCCCGUCCGCUUUUUUAUUGUUCGUGGAACGUUUCAUUUGGUGAACACAAUCAUCAUGUAGAAGAAUCUGAUGCUGCGUUCAGAUUUGUCCAUUAUUUAAGAAUCUUAAAAGACAGCCGUCUUGACACUGCCUUCUUAAUUGGACAUACUUUAUCUCAGGAGUGUAAAGGUACGCUCAGACGUAUAGCGAUUUUAUGGCUGCGGGUUGCCAGUCCCUGUACUAUAAAGUCACCUGUAGGUGUUCAUACUACUGGUUGCCAUAGUAACAUUUAUCAGUAGGUGGCACAACUAGCAUUCCACUUUUGACAACAAGUCAAUUUUGUAUAUAAAAUUCACGAGUGCGUAUAUACGUUGUAUCCCACGAGAUGACGGAGAAGCAGCGUGUGCUCUUUGACAUUUAUCCGCAGUCUGGGUCCGCGAAACAAUUCGGACCCGUAGACAGCAUGGCGGAACACGUGCGCUCCACUGUCCUCGUUCCUCCUGCACCGAGUUGCUCCAAAUUUGCAUAAAACGUUGCAACUUUUUCGCAUCGCUGGACACGCCCACAUCUAGGUCACCAAUGGUCGCCUUCGCUCAGGUCAGCGGAAUUCGCAAUCUUUCACUGGAAGUGAACGGUCUCCGGCGUCACUUUCUCACUGCGAGUCGCUGUAUUUAUGAACGUUCCUUCGAUGCGGCAUCAGAAAUGUGAGCGACCUCCAGAUACAGCCCAUCAGACUGAACCCCGUGCUGAGCAGGUCAGGUGGAAAGCUGACGUUGAAACAUGGCAGAAUAAAUAAAAAAAUAAAUAAAUAAAAUAAAAAGGAAAGGAUGAAAAUAACUCGGAGAUGAUCGUCUAUCUCGAGUAUCUCUAACUAGCCAGCUGACACCAAGAAACGAAAAAUCAUGCGUGCCAUGCCAAAACAGUUCAUCACACUACUCGGAUUAAAAAGUAGCGGCACUGAACACAAUCGAAUAGCGGUGUUGCACCUCAUUCAUCUUCAGUAAGCAGUUCAUCCUGAUCAGGCUCGUGCUGGAUCCGGAACCUGUUCCAGGAACACCGGGCGCGGUGAGGUGAGGAGAGAAUACACCCUAGAUGUAAAUGUGUAUCAAACUGUCAAAAGUUUUUGCAUUCCUGAGAUUAUUCUGUACAUGGAAAAAAAAAUAUAUAUAUAUAUAUAUAUAUAUAUAUUCAGCGUCCCAUAUAACGAGUAACGAGUCGUACAUCUGUUUUGAAAGACUAACGAGCAUCUGUCAGGGGUUUUCACGAUCGCCAACUGGAGUUGGUGGCUGUAGUGGACACUACUGAAAACUUCUACCUGCAGAUUCCUCCUGAAAGGAGAGCAGGGGUAGUGACUACGGUAGAUUUUGAAUCCACGAUAAUAAUAUUGCGUUGAAGAUCACAAUAUCACACAGCUUUCCUGCCUUGAUACUUGAUGCAAUUCCCGAAAAGCGUUUUGUAUUUUCCUCAGAGUGGAUACAGACACGGAUUUCCAGAAAACUGUUCUCAAUGUAGCCACGCAAGAUCGAUUCCCUCAUACGUCAUUAGCUUACAUCAGUUUAUCUCCUCAGUGGCAGCGCGCGCACGCGCGUGUGUGUGUGGAAUCGGAAUCAAACAUUAUCUAAAACCAUCAUUAUUUUACAGAUCACAUCGUCUAUUCGUUUCAUAUUUUGUAAAACCGUUAUCUUUGCAAGUCUGACACGAGAAGGGACACCGAUUUCGGUGAGCCUCACGACACGUAGCCUGUCAUUUCCCGCUUAAACGUCGGCGCUCGUAAAUGAAGAAACAUGCACGCACAGUUAAAGCUGCACUAAAAGUCAUAUAGUUCGUAUAUUCGAGUUCUUUCCUGUGUCAGAGUCGGUGAGAAGUCGUUAAUGUAGAUCUACAGUGAAGAGCUGUUUGGAGCUGCUGUUUGUAAAUACAAAAAGGCCUGGAUCGCUAUAUAAUAGUCUUCUAAAAGCAGUGCAAAAACUGGUGUGUGGAAUUUUUACGGCCAUGCCGAGGUCCUGAUAUUUCAUAUGAAUCGUUCGAUUUCCAUUUAUUCCUUUUGGAAGAUUUAUUUAUUUAUUUUGGUUCUAUUGGCGCAUUUUAUAAAACUGCUUAUGGGAUGAACUUUGAUAAGUCUUUCAGAACAGUAGGAGGAGCUUACGAACUUUGACGUGGAGUGCGUUUAAAGACGGGGUGUAUGCUGUAAGAUUUCCGACCAGGAUGUUUCUCGGAGCGAAACUUUAAUGCUCUGAAGGCACUAGAAUCCUGUUCAGACGGAAGUGUACUCGAACCUUCGGUGCUUGGAUUUGAACUCACAGCCUCAUGGACUUUCAGCACAACCACCGAGCUCCCACAGCAUGGUCGGAGCCAUAUACAGAAUUCACCCGAGCUCAUAAGCAUAUUCGUCAUUAGCCUUCCAAUAAUCAUCGUUCACUGUUGUUAAACGAGUGAUUAUUGCUAUAUAUUUUAAUAAUAAUUUGUAUUCUGUAUCCUGUCUUUACUUGCAUGUAUCGUUCUCUGCUGGUCGUCAUUACUCAAGAAGACAGACGUGUUGAUUAUUAUUCAAUCACAAUAACUUGCUGAUCCUUUUAUCAUGAUUUAUGAUAAAACCACUAUUUGAAAUAAAAAUUUUAAAAAAUACUACAAACA